UCAACAGCUCCUGAACAUUGGGGCUUUGACCUUGCAACGGCCAACAGCACUUUGAUCUUGUGCUCUUGACCCAGCAAAGGCCAACGACCCUUGGAUAUUGGGGUUUGACCCUGCAAAGGCCAACGGCCUUUGGAGAUUGGGGUUUGACCCUGUGAAGUCAAACAACCUUUGGAGAUUGGGGUUUAGACCCUGCAAAGGCCAAAAGCCUUUGGAGAUUGGGGUUUAGACCCUGCAAAGGCCAAAAGCCUUUGGACACUGGGGUUUAGACCCUGCAAAGGCCAACAGCCUUUGGACACUGGGGUUUAGACCCUGCAAAGGCCAAAAGCCUUUGGACACUGGGGUUUAGACCCUGCAAAGGCCAACGGCCUUUGGACACUGACAUUUGGUCACUGCUCGUGCCAAGGGGCAGAUGGAGACCCGGCGGGGAGCUCGAGGCCUUUCUCACCAGGGACGUUUCUCCAGAGCCCCUGAGGUGCUGUUAGACGGCAGUGGCAGCAUGGCCAGUUCCAUCACCGGCACUGACCGUUCCCAGCAUGCAGCCUCCAGGAACAGCCUCUCAACUCUGACAUCCACUGAUGCACAGCAUCCCUUUAAAUUGGUUUGGGAAGCCACAGAGAAUUGUGAGCGCUUGCAGCGAGGUUUUGAGAAAAUGGAGGAGCAAUGCAAGAAGCUCCGAAGCCACCAGGAGCAAAUAGACUCUCUGAUGGAAGAAAUCAGAAGUGACUGUGAAAACCUUGAGAAGUCCAAGGAAAAUGUGCAGCAAUGCACUGGAAUCCCGGCAGCAGGAGCCUUGAGUCUGCGCCAGAAGAACAGCAAGCAGCUGAAGGAAGCGUCAGCCCAGGCGGAAAAGGCGGUGCAGCAGGACAGGAUGGAGGUUUCCCAGGAGCAAGAGUCGUCGAGCAGGGCUCUGGAGCAGCUGCACCAGGAAUCCUCUGGCCAAGGGCACGCCCUGGCCCAGGUGUGCAGAGAGAAGGAGCUGCUGGGCCAGGAGAAGGCUGCCCUUGAGGGCCAACUGGCAGCCAUGGAGCGUCACAAACAAGACCUUUCCAAGCAGCUGGCAGAGACCAGGUCAGCGAAGGAGAGCCUGGAAUCCAGCCUGUUUGCUGCUCAGCAGCAGAUAUCUCAGCUGGAGAUCACCAGCAACCAUCUGGAGGCUCAAGUGCUCACAGUCACACAGGCCAAGGAGGCGCUCCAAGGAGAAGUGCAGUGCCUCCAACGUGAGCUGGAAGCAGAGAGAGCUCUCAGGAAGCAGGAGCAGGAAGACACAGCGCAACAGCUCUUGCAGGCAGAGCAGCAGCGUCAGGAAAGCCUCAGGCUUCAGGGAACUGCUCAGCAGGUGGAAAUAAACAAGCUCCUGCAAGACCUGGCAAGUGAGCGGGAAAGGCACCAUGCAGAGAUGCAGGAGACGCUGCAGCAAUGGGGAAAAGAGAAGGCAGAGAGAGAGCAGGAGCACGAGAAGGUGCUGUUUGAGAUGAGGCAGAAAGUUGCCACCCUGCAGGCUCAAAGAGAAGAGGAACGAACUAGAUUUGAAAAUGCCAAGCGAGAGGUCCUGCUGGAAAAGCAGAAGGAGAAGAAUUCUUUAUCAGAGACACUGCUCCAAACUCGGGGACAGCUAAGCCGAGCCUGCCAGCAGGUGCAGCAGCUCAGGCAGGAGGUGAAAGAGCAGCAAGAGAAGGGGCAGACCAUCGAGGCAAAGCUGCAAGCUGAGCUGCAGGAAGCUCGGAGGGAAAUCCAGGCAGCGCAGAAGAGGCACGAGGAAGAACUACGAGGCAUCAAAGAGGAAAUGAAUCUCCUCCUUGUGGAGAGGGAGGCUCUACAAAAGCAGGUGGGAGAGUUGACAUCUCAGCUGGCAGCCUCCAGAGAGUCCCAGGCAACGAUUGUUCAGAGAGCCCAGCAAGAUGUGAGCUGGGCCCAGGAGCAGUCAAGGCAGAAGCUGUUGGAGGUUGAGCACCUCCAGAAGAUGCUGGAGGAGGCAGAACAUCAGAACAAGGAGCUGCAAGUGCACCUGAAGAACUUGGAGCUGGAAGGGAGUCAAUGGGAAGAAGUGGCACGCCAAAAUUCAGGAUUUCGGGCUUCCUUGGACGCCCUAGAGAAGGAAAAAGCCAGGCUGGUUCUGUCUCUGGAGGAAAAGAACCUGUGCCUCAGAACACUGGAAGAAAAGAACCAGGCACUGAACAAUCAGGUGUCUCAGUUUCGUUCUGCUCUUCACGAGGCCGAGCAGCUCUGUUCAAACCGCACAGGACAACUGCUGGCGCUCAACAUCCAGAUGUGGACCCUGCAGGAUGCCAUGCUGGAGAUGGAGGCUACCCAGGCAACUCGAGAGAAGCAGCUGCUGCAGGAGCUGGAGGAGUCCCGAGCAGGAGAACGGAGCUUGAGGGACUCUGUGCAGGUGCUGGAGGCUGAGGUGUCUGAGCUGCGUAGGAAGCUCCAGAGCUCUGAUGACAAAGCACUUUCAUUGGCCAUAAAGUUUAACACCUCAGAGCUGGAGCUGAGGAAGACACAGGCUCAGUGGGACAAUCUCAGAGCCUGCAACCAGGAGCUGCAGCAGGAGUUGGAGGAAAGUGAGCAAGCGAUGUGGAGGGCAGAACACCAGAAGACCUGUCAAGAAACUGCCCUGGAGAAAGAGGCCAUUGCCCUGAAGGAAGAGGCUGUGACUCUUCAUCAGGAGGUGGCAUCUCUGCAGAGGAAACUGGAGAGCCUGGAGAAGGAAAGGAAGGAUGUGCUGCGUGAACGGGAACUGUAUGAGGAGCAGAUGAGAGAUCUGAAAAAGAAGAAUGAAAUGAAAACACCUGAAAUUCCAAGAAAGGAAACAAUGCAACAAUUGGACACUGAAAAUGAAGGAAAACAGGAAGAGUUGGAGCAUAUGGCUGCUGCUUUGAAAGAAGGCAGUGGGAACACUCAAAUCCUGUGUGCUCCACUGGCCAAGGGUAAAAUUGCCAAAGAGGCUCUGAAGAAACGCUUGGCCUUCCUGAAGGGAAAGAGUCAUCCCCAGCAGGCUGUUGGAGCAGAAGGGAAGCGGCUGUCAGAGCGCUCCAGGAAGGGUGUGGAAUGUGUGCGGGACCAGGUUGCAGCAGCAGCAAAAGACAAGCCAGAGAAGCGUGAGCUCAGGAGAACUUUUGAGGUUUCCCAGGAGCAAGAGUCGUCGAGCAGGGCUCUGGAGCAGCUGCACCAGGAACUGGCCCAGGUGCGCAGAGAGAAGGAGCUGCUGGGCCGGGAGAAGGCUGCCCUUGAAGGCCGACUGGCAGCCAUGGAGUGUCGCCAACAAGACCUUUCCAAGCAGCUGGCAGAGACCAGGUCAGCGAAGGAGAGCCUGGAAUCCAGCCUGUUUGCUGCUCAGCAGCAGAUAUCUCAGCUGGAGAUCACCAGCAACCAUCUGGAGGCUCAAGUGCUCACAGUCACACAGGCCAAGGAGGCGCUCCAAGGAGAAGUGCAGUGCCUCCAACGUGAGCUGGAAGCAGAGAGAGCUCUCAGGAAGCAGGAGCAGGAAGACACAGCGCAACAGCUCUUGCAGGCAGAGCAGCAGCGUCAGGAAAGCCUCAGGCUUCAGGGAACUGCUCAGCAGGUGGAAAUAAACAAGCUCCUGCAAGACCUGGCAAGUGAGCGGGAAAGGCACCAUGCAGAGAUGCAGGAGACGCUGCAGCAAUGGGGAAAAGAGAAGGCAGAGAGAGAGCAGGAGCACGAGAAGGUGCUGUUUGAGAUGAGGCAGAAAGUUGCCACCCUGCAGGCUCAAAGAGAAGAGGAACGAACUAGAUUUGAAAAUGCCAAGCGAGAGGUCCUGCUGGAAAAGCAGAAGGAGAAGAAUUCUUUAUCAGAGACACUGCUCCAAACUCGGGGACAGCUAAGCCGAGCCUGCCAGCAGGUGCAGCAGCUCAGGCAGGAGGUGAAAAAGCAGCAAGAGAAGGGGCAGACCAUCGAGGCAAAGCUGCAAGCUGAGCUGCAGGAAGCUCGGAGGGAAAUCCAGGCAGCGCAGAAGAGGCACGAGGAAGAACUACGAGGCAUCAAAGAGGAAAUGAAUCUCUUCCUUGUGGAGAGGGAGGCUCUACAAAAGCAGGUGGGAGAGUUGACAUCUCAGCUGGCAGCCUCCAGAGAGUCCCAGGCAACGAUUGUUCAGAGAGCCCAGCAAGAUGUGAGCUGGGCCCAGGAGCAGUCAAGGCAGAAGCUGUUGGAGGUUGAGCACCUCCAGAAGAUGCUGGAGGAGGCAGAACAUCAGAACAAGGAGCUGCAAGUGCACCUGAAGAACUUGGAGCUGGAAGGGAGUCAAUGGGAAGAAGUGGCACGCCAAAAUUCAGGAUUUCGGGCUUCCUUGGACGCCCUGGAGAAGGAAAAAGCCAGGUAAAUGAAAGCCUGUGGGGCUCUGCCUUGU